CCGCCGAAGAAGAAACAGACACGGCUGCGUGGUACAGCAGCUUCUGCUGAUUAAAGUCCAGAUUUUAGCUGUUUAUCGCUGUCUUUUCUGGACAUUCUGACCAGAAACGGCUCUGUUUGUGGAGUGGAGUCAAAAUGCCGCGCCUGGGCUCCGUGCAGCAGAAGAUACCGUGUGUUUUUGUGACGGACGUGAAGGAAGAAGCGUCCAGAAAACGGGACGGUCAGCAGUUCCAGGUCGUCGCCACCGAGGACGUGAACCCCAUCGCCCUGGAGGCGAAUGUGGACUGUGCCAUCGCCACGGAGAAGCUGGACGGGACCUGCUGCUACGUCACUCUCCAUCGAGGUGAGCCUCACCUCUGGGCCCGACUGGACAGGAAGCCGACGAAACAGGCGGAGAAGAGGUUCAGGAAACACCAGCGUUCCCACAAGAGCGGGAAAGAUUUCAGCUGGAACGUGGAGGAAGAUUUCAAAUCGGUGCCUGAAACGUGGAUCCCAGCUCACCGGGUGAAGCACCAGGACGGCCGUCCCAUCCCCGACGAGAACGGACACAUUCCAGGGUGGGUUCCGGUGGAAAAGAGCAACAAGCAGUACUGCUGGCACUCCUCGGUGGUGGACUACAGCGCCGGGGCGGCUCUGGUCCUCCGGCCCGGUUCUGAGGACCAGGACCCGCUGGAGAUCACGGCGGCGCCGCUGGCCGACCUGCAGGAGCAGACGCUGGAGCUGAUCGGGACCAACGUCAACGGAAACCCGUACGGUUUGGGGAGCAAGAAGCAGCCGGUCCACUUCUUGGUGCCCCACGGCAGCGUGGCGGUGGGAGAUCCUCCCCCCGUGGACCUCCAGCAGCUGCGGUCCUGGUUCCGGGAGAGUCCAGCGGGCCGGGUGGAGGGCAUCGUAUGGCACUGCGACGACGGGACCCUCGUUAAGGUACACCGCCACCACCUGGGGCUGCGGUGGCCCGAUGGAGACCCCUGCCUCGCCUCCAGGCCCGUGGUGGUCCGGUGUCCCGGGGCAGGCCACGCCUACGACCACGGCGACGGUCUGCUGGCCUCCUUCCUGGAGAUGGACGGACGGCGCUUCAGCCGCCUGCAGGACGUGCAGCUGGAGGUGUAGACGAGGCCCAGGGGCCUUUUCCUGUUUCUAGUGACUGGUGACCCCGACCUCCACCUGACCUCCACCUGACCUCUACCCCACCCAGGAGAUCAGAUGAUGUAAAAUCCCUAACCCACUGGUGGAGGAGUGGAUGGAUGGAGUGGAUUGAUGGAUGGAACGGUUAUGAGACGUUUGCAGACGAGCUUCUCCGUCUUCGUCUCUAACAUGAAAGUGACCAACUGGACGUUUUUGUAAAUAUUGUAAAUUAAAACUUUUGGACCUUAAAUAAAUUAUCAACCGAACAAGUUAAACGAGUCAUUUUAUUAACAAAACACACAACAAUCAUACAAAUUCUCUUAAGUUAAAAACUAAACCUCCAGUUUCCUGGUGAUGCAUCAACAAAUCAGCUGCCGUUUAAAGGAAAGUCCCAGAGAUGCUGGUCCGGUGCCGGUCGCCACGGAGACGCCGGUCGGCCGAUCAUCAGCCGACGGAGACGCGGGGGAUCUGCACCUCCACCCCGAACCGCCGGCACACCCUCCUCAGCUGCUCCUCCAGCAGCAGGUUCUUCUUCAGCUCCAGGUUGUAGUUGUACUUCAGGUCCUCCAGCUCCUCGAAGAAGGCCGGGUCCAGAUCCUGCACCUCCCUCCUCAGCCUCCGCACCUCGGCC